AUGUCUGUUCAACCUUUUGAUAGUUUACAUGACGAUUUAAUACACGAUGUUGCUUACGACUUUUAUGGAAAGCGUCUUGUAACCUGUUCUUCCGACCAAAAACUUAAAGUAUGGGAAAUGAGCCCAGAUACAAACAAUUGGGAACAAAUUGAUUCUUGGAAAGCACAUGAAUGUUCGGUACUAAAAGUCGCCUGGGCUCAUCCCGAAUUUGGUCAAGUAAUUGCUUCGUGUUCUUUCGACCGUUCCAUUCGCAUUUGGGAAGAACAAGAACAUGAACCAAAGAAUAGCGGUAAACGUUGGUUCGAAAAGGCGCGUUUGGUAGAUAGUAGAGGUUCCGUUCAGGAUGUCGAAUUCGCUCCAAACUUUUGGGGCUUAAGAUUGGCUUCAAUUGCUGCUGAUGGUGUGCUUAGAAUAUAUGAAGCUCUUGAAGUAUCCAACUUAGCACAUUGGACUUUAAUGGACGAAGUGAAUGUUCAUUUAUCAAGGAAUUCUAACACAACCACUCUCAAAGAAGCAGAAGGAAGCUAUUGUCUAUCAUGGUGUCCGUCUCGUUAUCAAUCUCCAAUGAUCGUUAUAGGUUGUGGGAAAGAGAAUAACACCAAAGUUAUAUUGGAUGGGCAUCAAGAUUUAAUUCACGAUGUAGCUUGGGCUCCAAAUAUGGGAAGGAGUUAUCAUCUUAUCGCAACUGCUUCAAAAGAUCAUCGAGUCAGGAUUUAUAAAUUGCUAGACAAUAAAGAUGGUUUCGCUAUAGAAUUAAUAUCAGAACUCAACCACAAUACAGAGGUAUGGAAAGUCAAAUGGAAUGUAACAGGCACUAUCUUGUCUUCCGCUGGAGAUGACGGAAAAGUUCGUUUAUGGAAGGCUAGUAAUAAAAUUGAAAGUGAAGGUUUUAAAUGUAUGGGCAUAGUAUGUAAUGACCGUCAAAGUAGUGAUACAAUGGAAAUAUAA